AUGUCGCUCCAGGUACACGACCCACGGUCGCGCACCCGAUCCAAGUCCCCUGGUCGCGAACGCUCACGCUCCCGGUCGCGCGACAGUCGUGUGCCCUCCCCGUCGCCCUCGCGAGGAGAUCGAGACCGUGAACGAGACCGCUCGCGUGCGCGCUCACCCGCUCUUGAGGUCCGUCCCAAGUCCUCGGUCGACUACGCGAAAAGCGACGUCUCCAACCAGGAAGCCGAGAUCGAGCGCCAGUACAGAUUGCUCAAGGAAAGUCGACUGGCCGACGACGACCGCAAUGUCGUCUCGCGUGCCCCGCGCAGUCCAGCGCCCCGCAGUCCAGCUCCUUACGACGUGCGCCGCUCCGACGAGGAAGACAGUGACCGUCGUCGCGGCCGUGAGCAGUCCUCGCGCCGCCGCCGUCGCGCGGACCCCUACGAUGAUCGCUACGAGCACUCGGACCAGGAGAGUGACGUGAGACUGCAAGUUGCGCAGCCGCGCGAGCAUCCGUCUCGCUCUCCGCGUCGUUCGUCUCCUCCGCGUAGCAGUCGACAUGACUCGGACUCGGAGGAUGAUGGUCUUGCGUAUGGCGAUGCGCCGGGUGCGCACCCUAGUUAUGCCCGUCCCGGGCGAUUCCAGUAUGCGCAGCCGGCAAAUUAUUUGCCCACACAGUCCCAGGCCCAGCCUCAGCCUCCCGACUGGGCUCCUGUCCCCGAAUGUGAGCGUCCCGGCUUCGUCCCGCCGGCUUCACAGCCCCCCGUCUCGUCCGGGAUGCCGGGAGCUUUUCCUCCAGCUUCGACUUAUGUGGAAAGCCCUGCGACAACAGCGCCGACGUACCCCGCGCCGCAGUAUGCGGGCAUUCCUUCUACGCAGCCGCUUGCAUAUGCCUCGUCAGGUGGCUAUACCCCGUCGCAUUAUCGUACUGCCUCGGCAAGUGAUGUUUCGCAAGCGACUGCGCCGUAUUAUGCCCAGCCUGGUCAGUUCCAGUAUGCACAGGUUGAUCCGAAUGUGCGGUAUACUUCCAAGACGACGCCGACAGUUCCGUACGCUGUGUCGGCGCAUGAACAGUUUAGUACUGGCAGAAACCCCGACCCGUAUGCAAAUGCGAGAAUGCCUGAGCAGCAUCAUAGAUUGCCGGACCAAUAUGCUAGCAAAACGCCGGAGCAGCCUGCAUAUCCCUAUCGCUAUAGCCAUGAUCCUCAAUUUGGUGACCGAGCACCGUCUCAAUCGCACUCCCACUCCCACUCACUGUCGCAGUCGCAGUCGCAGUCGCAUUCCCACUCGCAGUCCCAGCUAGCGACUUCCACCCCACAGCAGGUGGUGGAGAUCACCCCCGGCGGCGGACGCGGCCGUCCCCACAGUCUGUCUGUCUCGUCUGCGAACAAUCUCGUCGUGGCCUCACCGGGAGGCCAUCUGGGCCAUCCGCCGGCCAGUCCGCUGCUGGAGCCGUACAAGGGUACCUAUCAGUCAAUGUCACCGAUGCCAUCUCCCAUCAUGAUGCCGACCCGAGACGACGACAUCUCCGACCUCGAACCACUAGACGGAGGUAGCUCGCUUUCUGACUCUGGACGACGAAAGAAAAAGUCCUCAUCCUCGCGCGAGGAGACAGAAAGCCGACACCGGAGCAGCAAAGACAAAAAAGAAAAAGACCGAGACCGCGACGACAAACGCCGCAGAUCUGGUCAUGACAGACACGACUCAUCCUCCUCCUUCCGCGGCGACGACCUCGUCCUCAUCUCCCCAUCCACCGGCCGCAAACGCGUCUCCUUCUACGACGCCGCCUCCGACGCUUCGGCCAUGCAAUCCGCCCUCAAUCACACCCGCAACAUCGACAACAAAGCAAUCAUCGCCGUCCUGCCCCGUCUCACAACCGACGAGAUCCUUUUACUCAGAGCAGAGUACAAGAACAAAGUCAAAAUGCACGGCAAAGGCAUAAACCUCGCCAAACACCUUCGCCUGAAACUCGGCAACUCCUCCUUCGGAAAGGUAGCCUACGCCACAGCCCUAGGCCGGUGGGAAAGCGAAGCCUACUGGGCAAACUGCUACUACCAAGCCGGGACCUCCCGGCGUGAACUGCUAAUCGAAUCCCUAAUCGGGCGAUCGAACGCAGCAAUCCGAGAAAUUAAAUCAUGUUUCCGCGAUACAAGAUACGACAACUCACUGGAGCGCUGCAUGCGCUCUGAGCUGCGCGCGGAUAAAUUCCGCGUUGCGGUCUUGCUGGCACUCGAGGAGCGCAGACAGGAUGAGCGUGAUCCGAUUGAUGCUCGGCUUGUUAGACAGGAUGUUUCGGAUUUGCAUCGUGCGCUGGUCAGUCGGGACGGCGGCGAGACGGCUAUGAUUCAGAUUAUUGUUACGAGGUCUGAUGCGCAUCUUAGAGAGGUGCUUCGUGCUUAUGAAGCGGUUUAUGGGCAUAAUUUUGCUAGGGCUAUGAUUGCUAAGUCGAGGAAUCUUGUGGGAGAAACACUAGCCCAUAUCCUCAACGGUGCUAUAAACAGACCCAUGCGUGACGCCCUCCUUCUGCACCAAGCACUGCGAGAAUCGAGGUCCGGACGGGAACGUUCUGAACUGUUGAUUUCUAGACUUGUCCGAUUGCAUUGGGAGCCGAAACAUCUCGAGAAGGUUAAGAUUGAGUAUCGAAGACGGUAUGAUGAGCGGCUCGAGGAGGCGAUUGCGGAGGAGGUAAUGUCUUCUAGUACUGGUGCUGAAUGGGGUGAGUUUUGUAUAGAGCUGGUUAGGAGUUCGUCGUAG